UCUUGUGGGGUUUUAGCAAAUCGUGAAACAAUGAAAGUUAUCGAGAAUAUAGAAUUUGACGUGGGAUCAGAAGAGAGUUUGUCUCCCUCGACUAUCAGAGAUCUUGUCGGGGCAAUCUUCCCUUAUGAAUGGGCUUCGGCUGACCCUGCAUCGCUCACCAUCACACGCACAGCCGGGUACGCGAAUACAAAUUACAUUGUCAAGCGCCCGGUAGAUGAAGGCAAACGCUGCGUGGAGCCUGUGUCUGUCUUUGUUAAGCUGCACGGCAGCGGUCUGGGCAACCUCGCCGUCUUUGAGAAGCAUGUGCCGAGUAAGCUUGACGAGGCGCGGCUGUGCGAGUCGGCUGCCGAGCUACAUCGUCUUUGCGCUAGACCCUACGGACUAUUAACGUCGAAGACCAACAGUCGGACGGUUCGCGUGGAUGAAGUGUUGGAUGCGCGUUGUUUGCUUCCCGUUGAUGUGGAACAUGCUCACAUUCGCGCCGAUAUCGCCGCGAGCUUUGCUGCUUUGCACACGAUAGAGGUGGCCGGUUGGAAAAAUAGCGACGAGACCUUUUGUGGAAUCAUGGCACGCUACGGAUUUAACAAUGAUUCUAGCUGGAGACGACUCGAAGCCGCCUCUAUAGAAGCCGGAGUACACAUGACGAAUCUCAUCAAGUGCGACUUUCCCACCAAAAUACGCCAGCUCGAAGCUAAGCUAGAUUCGAUGGGGGCUAAAAGAACGCACUGCAUCCACGAUGUCCAGUUUAUGAACGUUUUGGUCAAAAAUCAUCCGCAACCAGGAGACAAUCACAUCUACCUAAUCGACUAUGAGUUUGCUGCGCGCAACUACCGCGGUUUCGACAUUGGCGGCCACUUCAUGCAGAAGAACUUCCAGUGGUACGCCGAGACGCAGAUUGCCGACUGCAGGUCGUACACAAGAGACGAGAAACAGCACUUUUGCGCGGAGUAUGCGAAGCGCUGGAAUGAGAUCAUGGGUGACAACGAUACAGCUGAGCAGGUGCUGGCGGAGGCGGAAUUGGGGUAUUUGCUGGCCAUCUCCUUUGACCUUCACAAUAUGGCACUAUGCAUCGAUAUUGAGGGAUCGAAGGAAGUGUCGAAUCUUUUAGCGUUUAACAAGCUCUAUGAAAUGUUUAUGGAGGAGUGGAAUAAGCAGGAGCUAGAAGACUAGAUUUGCCCGUUAGUUACAUCUGCUUACAGUGGGUAAGCAAAAGUUAUGAGUAGUCGAUAUUCCAACAGACAUAUUCCAAACAUAUAGUUGCACAAACCAUAUGAUAUUAGGAUACCCAAUAUUAGUUAGAUCCAGGCGUG